AGGUGGUGAGAAUUUUGGCAAAAGAAAAGAGAAAGUACCCGAGGAUCAAGAAUUGGAGUACUUGAAAUUCGACUCUCGAAAUAAUUAUCAUGCCUCCUCGACGUGAGCACCCACCUCUCACUAGAUCGGUUGGGAGGGGAAGAGGUCGUUCUCAACAUCGUCAGCUAGAUCCUAUAGAGGGGGAAUUGACUGCGUCUACUAUACGGGCAGCACCUGUUGCUGAGCAGACCGAGACUCCUCCACAUCCUCCACCUCUUUUGCCACUUACUAGUAUUCUUGCCAUGCCUCUUGAGGCAGUUCAGGCAUUGGCAGCCUUCUUUACUACUAUUGCUGGCCAGGUUCAGGCUGGUCAAGCUCUUCCUGUAGCUCCUCCAGCUGCUCCUUUAGUACCACCACCCCCACCUCCUGUCCCACCACCAGUGUUGGAUGUUUCUAAUUCUAAGAAGCUUAAAGAGGCUGGGCAACAUGGUUGCACUUUUUUUAUGGGUGAGUCGGAUGCAACCGUAGCUAAAGAGGUGGUGCAAAUGGCUUUAAGAGCUGAGAAGCUUGCGAAUGAAAAUAGGAGAAUGUGAGCUAAGUUAGCAAAAAAGAGAAAUUUGAGUGUAUCUUCUAGUCAGCCACCAAAAAGGGGCAAAGACUCAUCUGUUUGAGGAAGUACCACUAUUGUUUUAAUAACAUCUUCUCGACCUCUAUUUUCACUGACACAGCAGAGGCCUUCGAGAUUUAACAAAUCUUCGAUGACUAUUUUUGGGAAGAGUUCCAGAGGUUCUGAUAGAUGCAAAGAUUGUGGGAGAUAUCAUGUCGGGCCGUGUAAAGGGCCUAUACGAUGUUUUUAUUAUGGUCAGUCGGGUCACAUUAGGAGAGAUUGCCCAUAGUUAGGAUGGGCUACAGUAGCUACUCCAUCUCCACUAGCUUGUACGGAUAUGUA